AUGGCCGACCCAGCACCCCAACAGCCCGCUGAACUGUCCAAGAAGGCUCUGAAAAAGGCUGCAAAAGAGGCAGAAAAGCAAGCGAAGAGGGCAGAGAAUAAAAGCAAGCAGGCUGGAGUGGACUUUGCAGAGGCGUAUAUUCCUCCGGUUCUCACAACCGCUCAAUUUAGACGCUUGCGGUUUGGAGACGCUCCUCUUCACAUGUCACAACCGGAACUAUCAUCAUUCCGCAAGCUGACUGAUAUAGACAGGCCUCUUACCCAUCUUGUUGGCCAUAAGGUUUGGGUCCGUGCACGGAUUCAUACGGUCCGCGCUACUGGAAAGAGCGCGUUCCUAAUGCUCCGCGGAAAGAUGGCGAUUCUUCAGGCAUGCUGUUUCGUCCCGGGAAAGUCGGAGGGUUCGGCUGAGAAAGUAGACGAGUACAGAGCAAUGAUCAAAUACAUCAACUCUUUGCCCCCUGAAUCUGUUGUGGAAGUCUGUGGAGCUCUCUCCUCUGUGGAUGCACCAAUUAAAACGGCCAGUGCAGAGCAUAGGGACUACGAGCUUCAACUUGAAAAGAUAUACGCUAUAUCGCGGGCAGCAAGCCAAAUGCCUCUACAGGUGGAUGACGCUAUGCGUCCAGACUCUGUCUAUCAAGCACCAGACAGUCAAUAUGUGCGCCCGGGCAAGGACACCAAGCAAGACUAUAGAGUCAUUGAUCUCCGCACCCCGACCAAUCAAGCCAUAAUGCGCGUGAGGAGCGCAAUUGCGCACGAAUUCCGAUCCUUCCUGGAUAAGGCUGGCUUCAUUGAAAUCAAUACCCCCAAGAUAGUUGCCGGAACGUCAGAAGGCGGAGCAGCCGUUUUUAACGUUAAUUAUUUCAACACUAAGGCAUGCUUGGCCCAGUCGCCGCAGCUCUACAAGCAGAUGUGCAUCUCGAGUGGUUUUGGUCGUGUGUAUGAAGUUGGGCCUGUCUUUAGAGCUGAACAUUCUCACACCCACCGUCACCUUUGUGAGUUCAUCGGUCUUGAUUUAGAAAUGGAGAUAUACGAGUCGUACACGGAGAUCCUUGUCCUGUUAGGGGAUCUUAUGAAGCACAUAUUCAAAGCGGUAGAGGCGAGGUGUUCAAAGGAGAUGUCCAUUGUCCGCACACAAUACGACCUGACAGCUCCUGAGCCUCUUGUCUGGGCAGAUGAGACUGUAAUUGUCACUUUCUGCGAUGGGAUCAAGAUGCUCCAAGAGGCGGGAUAUGAAGCCUCUCCAUUGGAUGAUCUAAGCACUGAAAAUGAGCGGGCACUAGGAAAACUCAUCAAGGAGAAGUAUAACACAGAUUUCUAUAUUCUUGACAAGUUCCCUCUGAAUGCCAGGCCAUUCUACACCAUGCCCGAUCCCCACGACGGCAGGUACUCUAAUAGUUAUGACAUGUUCAUUCGUGGCGAAGAGAUAUGCUCAGGGGCCCAGCGUGUUCACGAUCCGGAGCUCUUGGAGAAGCAGUGCAGAGAGCGCAACGUGGAUCCAGAGUCUCUGAGGUCAUACAUAGACGCUUUCAGAUACGGAUGUGCACCACAUGGCGGGGCAGGACUUGGUCUGGAAAGGAUCGUUAUGCUGAUGCUUGGAAUUGAAAACUGCCGUCAGACGUGUCUAUUCCCAAGGACCCAGGAGAGGCUGACUCCGUGA